AUGAAAGAACCCCUCUCCAAGCAAAUCUCCAGCUGCUGCUGUUUCUGCUGCGGCAAGAGACGCCCACAGCAAGAACCACCACCAAAGGACGAAGAAGAAGAAUACGCUUUCCAGGAAUUUGAACACCAGCCUUCGUCUUCCAUCGCUCAAAUAGCCAUCAACACCGCACUACGCUAUCCGUCGUCAAACCGUGAUUCCCGUGAAGAAGAACCCCCGGCACAGAGUCAAUACGCGAGGAGGGAGGGGGACGAAAUUCGUCGUAGUCUGCAGCCGCCGCCACCGGAUUACGAUACCGCGAUGAAAGCCGCUGGACAUCGCGAUCUGGCGAGUAUUGCUACUAUUGCACCGCAGCCUACCGAGAGACCUAGACCUAGACCUAGACCCGGGACAGCGGAGUUGGAGAGUCGCGUACAAUCGCAUGUUGGAGAUGCGAAGAGGGGAGUCUCUAGACAGGAGGAAGGAGGAGAAGGAGAAGAAGAAGAACUGAGUGAGCCGGAAGAUAUCGAUCGUCAUAGUGUUCGGUCUCUUGAUUCGGAUACCACGGAUUUGGGACCGGGGAUCUUGACGCCGCCGUCGGAAGAUGAACGUCAUGCGAGCAUGGUGAGUGAGUAG